GUAUGUUAAAUAGUAUACCUCGUAAUAGGUCACAUUCUGAUGUUAAAAUUUAUCUUUUGUAUUUUACAGUUUUCUCCAACAGUGCAUGAAGCACUGCAAGCAGGAAAACUUAAUGGAAACCUUAGGGAUGAGUUUACUAGGGACAUUUGUUCUUCUAUUAAAGCUCAUACAAUGUUUCCAUCCAGAGAAGAAAAACAAAGAGUGGCGUCCAUGAUUGUAGAAAAAUAUACUUUUCUUGUCGAUUCACUUGGAGCUGGUACAGGGUCAUGGUUGAAAGCAAUCACUAAUCGAUUCAAAAACAUGCGUAGAAAGAAGACAAAUUCAACAACAAGAUCUGUCUGUGUGUCUCAAACUACACAAAAGCAGCCAGAAGCAAAUAUGAAAAGACGUAAGCUGUAUGAUGUUUAUGAUAUGGAUAAUGGUGAGACUGCAGAAACGUGCGAAGAACAUAAAAAAAGCCAUGGUAACCGAGAUGACGAAAACAAACAAAAGAUAUAGACUAAUUAAAGAGCUCAUGGAGUUGACCUACCCCUACCGGCGCCAACAAUUUAUAAAUGAACCAAAAGUGUUGAAUGAGCUACUGACUGAGUAUCCAGCU